AUGAAUGAUUCAGAUAGACAGUUGUGUGACUAUCAAGCAGAUCGUCAGACUCGCGAGGUAUAUCGUUAUUUCCAGCCGGGAAACCCAGCGGUACUGAAUGCCACAUCUGAAUUUGAUGAGCAUGUGGCCUCUACAGCGGACCUGUCAAGAGUUCCGAUUCCUGGUGUACCUGAUGCCUCUUCUUCAGAAACCAAUUCCACCGAAGCUAGCGCUCCAUCUAGUCCAAAUACAACUUUGACUUCUUUCGCACAACUAGCUGCGCUUCGCUUGAAUGCACAGCGGGCCUUUAUUACUAUAUUGAAUACCGACUCUCAAUUCAUAUUGGCCGAAGCUACAAGAAACACGAAUAUUGGGAGCUCAACCUCGCCCCAAGGGGAAGAGGAUGAGCUCCUCACUGGGACAUCGACAUUAUCAAGUGCCUGGAAUAUAUGUCAGCAAACAGUGGCCAUUGAUUCCCAAGAUGGGGUAUAUCCUUUCCUGAUCGUCAACGACCUCCAAGAAGAAGGAAGCUUCAGUGAAUUGCCCUUCGUGAAGCAAGCGCCGCACUCUCGUUUCUAUGCCGGGACGCCCCUAACGAGUGACAGCGGGAUCAAUUUGGGAUGCCUGUUCGUACUCGACUCAGAACCCCGCGACGGGUUGUCGGAUAUCGAGAAGGGUACACUAGGGAGAGUGGCGGAGAUGGUCAUGGACUAUCUACUCGUGAGCCGUCAGGCGAUAGAAGGACGACGUGCCUCGCGGCUGUCGCGUGGUCUCCAUCUCUUUGUCGAUGGCAACUCCAGUUUUGCCAGCAAUGCUCGCAUGUCCAGUCCGUCGAUCAGCUCAGGACGGAGCGUAUCACCUGGCUUGCUAUCCAGAUGCUCUCAUCCAAGGGGAAGACGAUCCGCACGGUCUGAACCCAGCGACUCGGGGCGACCAACACGAUCUGAAGGUGGGGAAGUGACCUCCCAAGAUCGCAUACCGUCUUUGAGUCCAGAGCCCAAUCAAAGUGAAAUAAGUGCCCCUACAAGCGCAGCGGAUUCGAUCCAGGACUCCCAACGAAGCAACAGUAUUUCGGGGGAGUCAUCGGGCAGCAAUCAUUGGCUUUUUCAACGAGCCGCAAAUCUCUUACGACAGAGUCUGGACUUGGAUGGUGCUGGCGGGGUGAUGUUCCUGGGGGUCAACGACAAUACCUCCGAAUACGUCGCAGAUGGCCACGACUCCUCUGAACCCGCAGAUCACGCUCCAAUCCUCGCAUUUUCCACCCGAAAUGACCCAUUCUCAUACCAGGCAAGCUCGACAUUGUCUGACCCAGCUGUCAAUUUGGACAAUGACUUCUUGAAGCAAUUGACGCGGCGUUAUCCCAAAGGGAGACUCUGGUCUUUCCAUCGCGAUGGGACCUUUUCCACUGCAGAAGAACAGUCCGCCAACGAAUCUCAAAAACAAAGGAAGAAGUCUCGGCCCUCAGAGACCAGCAAACUGAAUGACUUCUUUCCUGAAGCAAGUCAGGUCAUGUUUGUACCUUUAUGGAAUGCCACAGACUCCCAGUGGUUCGCCGGGUGUUUCUGUUGGACUCCCCAGCCAACGCGAGUUUUCAGUCAGGCCGUUGAUCUGAGCUCAAUCUUUGCCUUCGGGUCUUCUAUCAUGACCGAAUACAGUCGCGUUGAAUCAGUCAUCGCAGACCGCCAAAAGGGCGAUUUUAUUAGCAGCAUCUCUCACGAAUUACGAAGUCCUCUACAUGGUGUCUUAGCUGGCGCCGAGUUCAUGAGCAGCACGAACCUGGACCAGUACCAGGACACCCUUCUUGAUACGAUAAAUGCAUGCGGCCGCACACUCUUGGAUACGAUGAACCAAGUUCUUGACUUCAGCAAAAUCAUGUCAUUGGAGAGACACAAAAAGAUCUUCAAGCGUGGAAAAGAUCCUUGGAAAUCGAAACCCCCGGAGGACCAUGUGACGCGCUUGGAUCCAUUGGUCUCGACUGAUGUGUCUCUCUUGAUAGAGGAUGUUGUGGAAAGUGUGUGUUUAGGUCAUUCCCACUCAACGAUCUCAUCCACCCGGACCAGCCCCCAUGCAGUUGUCUCGUCAGAUUCACAUUCCCACUUGAGACCGAAGGACGACGAAAUUGAACCCAUUCCGGAAGUGGAUGUGGUUGUUGAUAUUCCAGACAAUGCCUGGAUGUACAAAGUCCAGCCAGGAUCGCUGAGACGUCUGGUCAUGAAUAUUCUUGGAAACUCCUUAAAAUACACAAGUAAGGGCCAAGUCUGCAUUUCUAUCGAGACCACUGAACGCAAUAAGACUCGCUCGCGACACCAGGGACUCGAGGAUAUGGUGACAUUGACCGUCUCAGACACGGGCAAGGGAAUCUCAAAAGAAUACCUCCGGAAGCACUUGUUCACUCCAUUCGCACAGGAGGAUACACUGUCAGUAGGUACCGGCCUUGGUCUGUCAAUUGUUCGCGGCAUUGUGAAAACUCUCAACGGAAAAAUCAAGAUCCGAAGCAGACAGGGCAAAGGCACUACUGUCAAAGUGUCUCUUCCGCUCGAGCGUUCAACGGAAGAAAAAAGCUCAGAACCAACGUUCCACGAGGGAAGCCCGGACCGAGAGAUACCCAAGACAUCCUCUCAGGUGCUUCGGGGUAAGCUAACAGACAAACGCGCCGCGAUCUGGGGAGUUGAUCCUUCAGAUCUCGGUCAGUAUCCUUUCUGGGCUUCCAUAGCCCGGUAUAUGACAGAUUGGUAUGGGUUGCAGCUGGUUUCUUUGUCCGACAACCAAGACGUUGAUAUACUGUUUGCCGAUGAGAGGGAUCUGUCUUCAAAAGACAUGCGCAAUUUCCCCACUGGAUUACCAAACUUGCUCGUCUUUUGCGGCGACUCAAGCAGCUACUGUGACCCUAGAGAGAAAUGGGCAUAUCUUACUAGCCCUUUGACAAUCCUCCAUCGACCCUGCGGUCCACAGAAACUGGGCAGGGCCAUUUUGAAUUGUCUUAACCCGAAGCCAGCGUCACCUGUCCCGCAACCGCAGGACCUCACAGACGAGAGCGUCCUCCCAGAACGAUUAGCUGCUGCACGCCCAGCUGUCGACCCCUCAGACCCCACAGGAAAGCCCUGCGACUCCAUGGAUCCCGCAGGGCAUAAUCCUGCUGCCAGUUCCCGCCCAGAGAUGCCCGGUCACUCGUUGUCUUCUUCGUCGACUCUUCUUUCUACCGGCCCAGGCUAUUCUGGCAAAUCACCCGGGAGAACCAGACCUCGAGUCUUGGUGGUCGAUGACAACAGUAUCAACCUCCACCUGCUGGUGACAUUCCUGGACAGACGAAGACUCGUGGUCCUCGACAAAGCAGAAAACGGCCGAGCAGCCGUCGAUGCAGUCGAACGGAUGCUGCGAGGCUACGACCUUAUCUUCAUGGACCUGUCGAUGCCGGUCAUGGAUGGAUUUGAAGCGACGCGCGCCAUCCGAGCGAUUGAAAAAGAACGGGAGGGCUGUGUCCCAGCAACUAUCAUUGCAUUUACUGGACUCAGCAGUUCACGCGAUGAGACCAAAGCAUUGGACUCGGGAGUGGACGUGUUCCUUACGAAGCCUGUCUCUUUCAAGGCGGUAUCAAGGCUCAUUGAUGACUGGGACAGAAAACAUUUGAACUAA